CUUUUCCAAAACGAGCUCACAACUUGUCGCAUACAUUUUGCGGUUCCUGAAUAAGAAAACUCAGUGCAUUCAAAAAGAGGUUCUUUCUUUUUCAUUGCCCCCUUUGCAAUUUGGAAAGCAAUUGGUAGCAAAUUCCAGAUAUAGGUCUUAUCACCCACACCCAACCAUCUUAUCGCCCCACCGCCCGGCAGAAAAAGUUCCCUGUCCCAAAUUUUUGAACAACUCGGCCCCACCAGCAAUUGACCUUGCAGCAAGUCUUUCGCAGCAUCUCCAAACACUGUUCCGACCAAGCCAAAACCGGGCAAAUAAAAUCCAAUUUCACACCACCAAAAUGGCGCCCGUUCAAAAGAAGAGAAAAACCGUCGACGACGACUUCAUCCUCACCAUCUCCGACAAUGAGGAAAUCCCAAACGAGGAGGAGGACGUCGAGGUUGCCGCUGCCGCCGCUCGGCCAAAAAAGAAGACCAAGACUGUGAAGAAGGAGAAAAAGGGCAAGAAGGGGAAGAAGCAACAACGACAGGAGGGGGAGGAUGAGGAAGAAGAGGAGGAGAAGGACGACAAGGAGGCUGUUUGGGAUGAUGGCGCUAUGGAUUCCGACUUUGAGUUUGCGCUCGAAGGUGUGAACGACUUUGGGGAAGAAUUCGACGGCGCGUGGGGUUUUGACGAUGCGAAGAAGAAUAUGCUCAAGGGGGGCGAGAAUAAGGUUAUGGUUGAUUUGGAUGCUAUCAUUGAGAGGAGGAGGGCGAAGAAGGAGGCCAAGGCUGGAAAGAAGAAGGAGGAGGAGAAGGAGGAGGAAGUGGAAGAAGAGGAUGAGGAGAUUGCGGAAGUGGACCUUGACGACGAUGAUGAUGAGGUGUUGGCGGAGGAUGGCUUUGGUAUGGGCGUGGGGUCUGAUGUCGAGGAGGAGGAGGAGGAGCCAAAAGACGGUUCCGAUUCUGAGGAUGAGGACGAGGAGAAGGAUGGCGAGGCCGACGACGACGACGAUGCUGCUUCGGACAAUGACUCGGUCGCGACACCCAUCAAUCACCCCGACGACGAGAAAGACUCCGAAUCCGAAGACGAUGAAGAAGAUGCCGAGGAGGCUGCUAAGAGGAAAGAGUUCUUUGCCGAUGAGGACGACGUCAAGCAAGAAAAGGGCGUCCACAGUUCCUUCCUUGAGAUGUCGCUUUCCCGUCCUAUUCUCAAGGGUCUGAACUCGGUCGGAUUCACAAAACCCACGCCAAUUCAGUCCAAGACAAUACCAAUCGCGCUCAUGGGCAAGGAUGUUGUCGGUGGUGCCGUGACUGGUUCCGGUAAAACGGGUGCCUUCCUCGUACCCAUUCUCGAGCGUCUCCUCUACCGGUCAAAGAAGGUUGCGACAACCAGAGUCGUCAUUUUGGCGCCAACGCGUGAAUUGGCCAUUCAGUGCCACGCUGUCGGUGUCAAGCUGGCAUCGCACACAGACAUCAAGUUCUGUCUGGCUGUUGGUGGUCUUAGUUUGAAGGUUCAAGAACAGGAGCUGCGCCUGAGACCUGAUGUGGUCAUCGCCACCCCUGGUCGUUUCAUUGAUCAUAUGCGCAACUCUGCCAGCUUUGCUGUUGAGACUGUCGAGAUUCUGGUGCUUGAUGAGGCCGACAGAAUGCUCGAAGACGGGUUCGCGGAUGAACUGAACGAAAUUCUCACCACCCUCCCCAAGUCGAGGCAAACGAUGCUCUUCUCGGCCACCAUGACAUCGUCCGUUGACAGGCUCAUUCGUGCCGGUCUCAACAAGCCUGUCCGCAUCCAGGUUGAUUCUCAAAAGAAGACUGCCAGCAACCUCAGACAAGAGUUUGUGCGGUUGCGGCCGGGCCGUGAGAAGAAGCGUAUGGGAUACCUGGUACACAUUUGCAAGACCCUUUACACAGAGCGCGUCAUUAUUUUCUUCAGGCAAAAGAAGAUUGCGCAUGAGACUCGCAUCAUCUUUGGUCUUUUAGGCAUGAGCUGCGCAGAGCUUCACGGCAGCAUGAACCAAGCACAGCGUAUUGCUAGUGUUGAAGCAUUCAGAGACGGCAAGGUCAAUUUCCUUUUAGCUACAGAUUUGGCCUCUCGUGGUUUGGAUAUCAAGGGUGUUGACACUGUCAUCAACUACGAGGCCCCUCAAAACUUGGAAAUCUACAUCCAUCGUAUCGGUCGUACUGCCCGUGCGGGCCGUAGCGGCGUUGCCCUCACGCUGGCAGCCGAGCCCGACCGCAAGGUUGUCAAGGCGGCUGUCAGGGCCGGUAAGGCUCAGGGCGCAAAGAUUACCAGCAGAAUCAUCGAGGCAUCUGAUGCCGACAAGUGGCAAGAUCAGAUUGACGAGAUGGAGGGCGAGAUCAAGGAGAUCAUGCAGGAAGAGAAGGAGGAGAAGCAACUUCAACAAGUGGAGAUGCAGGUCAAGAAGGGUGAGAACAUGAUCAAGUACGAAGAGGAGAUCGCCUCGCGACCCAAGCGUACAUGGUUCGAGACCCAGGAUGACAAGAGAGCCGCCAAACUUGCGGGCCGCGAAGAGCUCAACGGCAUAAGGGAACAGCUCAAGAAGAAGAGCCAAGGCAAGCUGAGCAACAAGGAUAAGAAGAAGCUCGAUGCCAAGCAAGAAAUGAAGGAAGGCAGGACAUGGAAGAAGGGCAAGGAAGAGAGAGCUGGAAAGGGGGCGGUCCUGAACCUUUCCAAGGUGAAGAAGCCCAAGACGAAGGGGCCGGCUGGCAAGAAGUCGUUCAAGAGGAGGUAGAAGUCACAGUGAUAUCCCGUUAACAGCAGUGUAAUACAAUAUUUGGUGAUUUUUCAGGACUGCGAGAGAGUUCCCGUUCAUUGUUCACGUCAGCGGGCGCUGUGUGUGUGGCUCGUGCCCCAAG